AUUGUUGCGCUGACUAAAUAAAAAGCUUUACUUGAUCUCACUCAUCUUCGGGUUUGUUUAAUUAUUUAAAAGUUUGUUUGAUCAUCAUUGAGAAGAGCUAUGGUGGCUAGUAUUCCUUUGUCCGAAUCCAGCUAUUCGCCAACGUUUUGGAAAAAAAAUUUCCUUAAAAUAUUCUUAAGAAAUAAAUUAAAAAAAACUAUAUUCACCUUGAGGUGAAUAUGAUUUUAAAAACCAACGAGAGCGUAAUUUCAAUUGCGGCAUACGAUGGCUUAUCAGCAGCUAAAGGAUUUCAUUAUUAUUUAAAGCAUUAUAUUGGCGAAGACGUUUAUUGGUACAAUAGAUAUAUUGAGUUAUCCGACAGCAAGGUGUUCCCUAAUGUCUCAAUCAAUUCUACUUCGGAAAGCAGCAUUAUUUACUAUCAGAACGUAUGUACAUGGGGUUACAGCUUUAUUUGGUGGGAUUUGGCCAAAUGGAUUCAGCAUAUCGAUUGGAUGGCAAUGAUGGGAAUUAGCCUAACUAUAGCGCCUAUCCAAGAGCAGUUAUGGUACGAAAUCUAUUCUGAAUUAGGAUUAUCUGAAGAAGAAAUAGAUGAUCAUUUUACCGGACCGGCAUUUCUACCCUGGUUACGAAUGGGUAAUAUUCGUGGUUGGGCAGGUCCACUCCCAUCCGGCUUUAGAAAAUGGCAAAUGUUAUUACAAAAACAGAUAAUAAAAAGACAGCGUGCUUUCGGCAUGACAGUGGCAAUUCCCGCUUUUGCAGGACAUUUGCCCAUUGCAAUGAGGCGUCUAUAUCCGAAUGUAAACUUUUCGAUUACAGACCGUUGGAAUAGGUUUCCAGAUGAAUAUUGCUGCCCGCUCUAUGUGGAUCCGUGUGAAAAUCUUUUUCAAAAUAUUUCCAGAAAAUUUUUAUUUAAAGCAAUUACUGCUUAUGGCACUGAUCAUAUAUAUUUUACUGAUCCAUUUAAUGAAGUAAAACCCCGUAUGUUUACAAAGGAUUACUUAAACAUGACAGCAUACUAUAUUUAUGAUUCUAUGCGAUCGGUUGAUCCGAAAGCAAUUUGGCUACUGCAGGAUUGGAUGUUUGUAAGUAAUAUAUUUUGGAGCGAUGACCUGAUAAAGACAUUCCUAUUGGCUGUGCCAAUAGGGAAUUUACUUGUUUUGGACUUACAAAGUGAACAGUUUCCCCAGUACGAGCGUACACAUUCAUUUUACGGCCAACCUUUCAUAUGGUGUAUGCUUCAUAAUUUUGGAGGCACAUUGGGAAUGCAUGGCUCUGUGAAUGCUGUUAACACCGGAAUUCGUGAAGCGCGCCAAAUGACUAAUAGCAGCAUGGUAGGAGUAGGGAUAACUCCCGAAGGUAUUGAUCAAAACUACGUUAUUUACUCUUUCGCCCUGGAACGGGGUUGGGUGAAAGAUGAUUUUGAUACAAAGGAAUGGUUUAAUACUUACGCGAAUGCACGUUAUGGUAUAAAUAAUUUGAAUUUACAUAAUGCCUUGAAUCUAUUAAAAAACUCAGUGUAUGCCUACAAUGGAUCAAUAAAAAUACACGGUAAAUACGUUAUAACUCGAAGACCAUCAAUAAAUCUAAAACCGUGGACGUGGUUCAACUGUUCCGAUGUUUAUAAAGCAUGGCAGCUUAUGCUAGAUUCAAAUUUUUCGAUACCUAUUACCCAUUACAGGGAAUACGAAUACGAUCUGGUCGACAUAACGAGACAAUUCUUGCAAAUUGUAUCCGAGCAGUUGUACAUAAACAUAAUAGCCGCGUAUCGAAGACAUCAAAUAGAGAGAUUCAACUAUUUGGUCGACAAAUUAAUGGAACUUUUUGAUAAUUUAGAAGAAAUUCUUGCGACAAAUGUACAUUUUUUGUUAGGCAUAUGGCUUGAAGAUUCGAAAAAAUGUGCCAAAGAAGAGUUAAUGGAGCAAAAAUUAUUUGAGUUUAAUGCUCGAAAUCAAAUAACAACUUGGGGUCCAAAGAGUGAGAUCGGAGAUUACGCGACGAAACAAUGGUCGGGAAUAGUGCAGGAUUAUUAUAAGCCGCGAUGGAAAUAUUUUUUAUUGGAAUUACAUCAGAGCUUAGUCGAUAAUCAACCGUUUAAUAGAAGUUCAUUCGUAACAAAUGUUUUUAAUUAUAUUGAAAAUCCCUUCAGCUAUGAUACGAAAGUGUAUCCGGUGAUGCCAACAAAAGAAGGUUCAUAUCUCGUUUCGAAACGCAUUUUUAAUACAUGGACACAAUUACGUUCUAAUAAAAUCUAUUCAUCGUAUACGCGUCUAAAAGUAAAGAUUAAAAAUUAGAUUAAAUCAUUGCAUGGCGAUGUCGAUCCGUUUUCGCUUUUUCGCUUUUUCCACAUUUUUUUAUAGAAAUCUGUUGUAUACUUUAUUUUGUAUUUAAUCUUGGAUUACGGAUAUGAAGUUGUACAAAAUGAUUAAAAUAUAU